GUUAAUUAGAGUAAAUUCGAACUGGGAUCUAACUCUCAUUCUCUUUCUCUCUCUCAGUUGUCAGUACUUAAAAAUCAUUGUCCUUGAGUCUCUGCACACUGCACACAGCACACAGCACACAUCGUCGUCGUAAUCAUCAUCAUCUCCCUUUCUGAAACUUUUGUCAUCAUGAGAGUGCGAGCCAAACCCUGUUAUCAGCCUUAAAGCGAAACAGUGAGAGAGAUAGAGACACCACUUUGCAUGAGAACGAUAUCACUAUCACAUCUCAUCAUCUUAUUCUACCAUGGCCUUCCUACCUUCUCACGGUUUCACGUUUAACACUACUCAUGAAGAAGAUCACUGCCACUUCCCUCCAACCUCUCUCGACGCCUUCCCCUCUUUGCCACCCCAGCACUUUCAAGGGGGUGCACCUUUCAUGUUGAAGCGGUCCAUGUCGUUAUCAGGCAUAGAGAACAAGUGCAAUGAAGUACAUGGAGAUGAUGAGUUAUCCGAUGAUGGGGUCUUCCAGAGUGGGGAGAAGAAGAAGAGGUUGAAUUUGGAACAGGUGAAGGCCCUUGAGAAGAGUUUUGAUCAGGGGAACAAACUUGAGCCAGAAAGGAAAGUGCAGUUAGCUAAGGCUUUGGGGUUGCAGCCAAGACAAGUUGCCAUAUGGUUUCAGAAUAGAAGGGCUAGAUGGAAAACCAAGCAAUUGGAGAAAGAAUAUGAAGUCCUCAAGAAGCAGUUUGAAGCAGUCAAGGCUGAUAAUGAUGUUCUUAAGGUUCGGAACCAGAAACUACAGGCAGAGUUACAAGCUGUAAAAAGUAGGGAUUGUUGUGAAGCUGGAAUAAUCAGCCUUAAGAAAGAAACUGAGGGUUCAUGGAGCAAUGGAAGUGAUAACAACUCAGAUCUAAAUUUAGAUCCCUCAAGAGCACUAGGUUUGAACAGUCCUAUAUCUUCUCAUAACAUUAAAAACCUACUACCAAAUUCGUUAAAGCCAAACAGCAUAACCCAACUCCUUCAAGAUGAUGGCUUGUGCAACAUGUUUCACAACAUUGAUGCACCACAGAACUUUUGGCCCAGGCCUGAUCAGCACCACCAGCGUUUCCAUUGACCCUAUAUAAGUGAUUUUUGGAUAUUAAUUAAUGAUAUGAUAUGAGGACAAAUUAUACAAUACAAUCUUUUUUAUUCAGUUUUUUUUUUCCGAUUUAUUUAUGUGCAGUAGAUUGGUGUAUAAAGUUUGAGCAAAUUAAAUCUGCUAUUAGAGUCAUGAGGAGUCGGUGGACUUUGAGCAGUGUAAUUUCUUUCCUAUAUGUAUACAUUAUUGUAUUACAGAAUAAUAUAAAAUAAUAUUUAAGUUAGGCUGAAGUAAAAAAAUAUUAAUAUUGCUGAGUUA